AUGAAAAACUUAUUGGGUGGCAAGGGUGCGAAUCUUGCCGAAAUGGCCUCCAUUGGCUUGCCUGUGCCACCUGGGUUCACCCUCACCACAGAGGUAUGCACUCAUUUCUACCAGAACGAUUGCAAUUACCCCAAGGAGCUCACCCAGCAGGUGGAGGAGGCAUUGGCCUUGGUCCAAACGCGGACCGGCCGUGUUUUUGGCGACUCCACCAACCCACUUCUGGUCUCAAUCCGCUCCGGUGCGCGAGCAUCCAUGCCAGGAAUGAUGGAUACCGUGCUUAACUUGGGCUUGAACGACCAGACUGUGGAAGCUUUGGCAAAGAAGUCGGGUGACCGGCGCUUUGCCUUUGACAGCUACAGGCGCUUUGUGCAGAUGUACUCUGAUGUUGUCCUGGGCAUUGAAAUCAACCACUUCGAAAAGCACCUGGAACGGGCAAAGGAAAAGCGCGGCGUGAAGCAGGACUGCGAGCUGCUUCCAGAAGACUUAGAAAAAUUGGUGAAGUCAUACAAAGCCGUGGUGCAGCUGGAGCUUGGCGAGGAAUUCCCGGAAGAUCCAAACGCACAGCUUUGGGGAGCCAUUGGUGCUGUAUUUAAUUCCUGGAUGAACCAGCGAGCCAAGACCUACAGGCAGCUGCACGAUAUCCCUGAGUGGUGGGGCACUGCUGUGAAUGUUCAGGCCAUGGUCUUUGGCAACAUGGGCAAUGAUUGCGCAACAGGCGUAGCCUUCACUCGCGAUCCAUCCACUGGAACAAACGAAUUCUAUGGUGAGUUCUUGGUCAACGCGCAAAGAGAGGAUGUUGUGGCCGGAAUCCGUACACCGCAAGAGCUUACCAUCAAAGCACGUAAGUCCCACGGUUCAGAGUUGCCAUCAUUGGAAGAAGUGAUGCCCAGCAUCUUCAAGGAGUUGCUAUCAGUUCGAAGCCAGUUGGAGGCACACUACAAGGACAUGCAGGACAUAGAAUUCACCAUUCAGCAAGGCAAGCUUUACAUGUUGCAAACGCGCAAUGGAAAGCGCACUGCCCCCGCUGCCCUGCAGAUUGCCGUUGAUAUGGCCAAAGAGGGUUUGAUCUCCAAAUCGCAGGCACUUAUGAGUUUGAAACCAGACUUGAUUGACCAGCUGCUGCACCCAACACUUGACCCCAAAGCGAAGAAGGAGGUCAUUGCCAAGGGCCUUCCAGCUUCCCCCGGUGCUGCUGGUGGCAAGGUUGUAUUCUCUGCUGAUGAAGCUGUGCGAAGGUCCAAGGACGGGGACAAGGUCAUCCUGGUUCGCAUUGAGACAAGUCCUGAUGACAUCCAUGGUUUGCACGCUGCAGAGGGAGUCCUCACCACCAGAGGUGGCAUGACGAGCCAUGCCGCCGUUGUUGCUCGCGGAAUGGGCCGACCAUGUGUGGCGGGUGCUGGUGGAAUCACGGUGGACUACACUGCUGCCAAGCUCACGGUGGGUUCCGUGACUGUUUCUGAAGGGCAGAUCCUCACCAUCGACGGAAGCACUGGCGAGGUCAUGGUCGGUGAAGUUCCAACUGUGCCACCCCAACUCUCAGGAUCCUUUGGAAUCAUCAUGGAAUGGGCAGAUGAAGCGCGCGACAUGAAAGUCCGGGCAAAUGCGGAGACCCCUGCUGAUGCGCGCCAAGCCAAGGAGUUCGGCGCGGAGGGCAUUGGUCUUGUUCGUACUGAGCACAUGUUCUUUGAAGGGCAGCGCAUUGUGGCAAUGAGGCAGAUGAUUCUGGCAACAGACGAGAACGAUCGACGACAGGCCUUGGAGAAGCUGCUGGUCAUGCAGAGGGAAGACAUCACUGAGUUGUUCAAGAUCAUGGAUGGAAUGCCAGUCACCGUGCGCUUGCUGGAUCCUCCUUUGCAUGAAUUCAUCCCUCACACCGAAGCAGAAAUGGCUUCAGUGGCCAAAGCAGCAGGUGUUCCUUUGGACCGUGUGCGUAGACGCGCAGCAGAGCUCCAAGAAGCCAACCCGAUGCUUGGUCAUCGUGGUUGCCGAUUGGCGAUCACCUACCCAGAGAUUUGCGAGAUGCAGGCCCGGGCCAUUUUUGAAGCAGCCGCAGAAGUUGGUCGAACCUCCAAAAAGCUGCCAGUAGCGGAGGUGAUGGUGCCCCUAGUCGCAACAACCGAAGAGCUCAAGUUGCUGAAGGGAGUCAUUGAGAAGACGGCUGAUGCAGUUAAGAAGGAGCAGGGCAUUACCUUCACUUACAAGGUAGGCACAAUGAUUGAGCUGCCUCGUGCAGCGUUGCAGGCCGGAAAGUUGGCAGAAAUGGCAGAGUUCUUCAGCUUCGGCACAAACGACUUGACACAGACCACCUAUGGAUUGAGCCGUGAUGAUGCAGGAUCCUUCUUGCCAGAGUACAAGGCCAAGGGCAUUGUGGAGCAAGAUCCCUUUGUUAGCCUUGAUCCAGACGGUGUCGGAGAGCUCAUCACCAUGGCAGUUCAGCGCGGUCGCAGCACCAGGCCUGACAUGAAGAUGGGCAUUUGUGGCGAGCACGGUGGUGAUCCUGCCUCUAUUGAGAUCUGUGAACGAAUUGGCCUGGACUACGUGAGCUGCUCCCCAUUCCGUGUGCCAGUGGCCAGGCUUGCUGCCGCUCAAUCUGCUCUGAAAACUCAGGGAGAGAAGGCAAAGCAGAGUUCGACAAAGGCCACCAAGCCCCGGGUACAAAACUUUGGGCCAUGGUGAGCUUCAAAGGUUUAUGCAAUUUCCAUGCAAGAAGAAUCUUAGCAGUUGUACAGAUCAAAGGUUUUGCCAGAGGCAUUCAAAAGCCUUGCAGGGCUUGUGAGCACACUAGCAACUUGCGAUAGCACAUCCAAUUGUAUACCACCAUAUGCACCGAGC